AUGCAUCCACAAUUAGAAGCUGAAAGAUUUCAUUCGUGUUACGAUUUUAUUCAAGCCCUCGAUAAAUGUCAUCAAAAGGCUUAUUACAAGAGAAUUCUUGGGAUUUGCAAUAACGAGAAAGAAGCUUUAUCACAAUGUCUAAAGCAGGCUAGUUUGGAAAAUAAAAAGAGAGCUAUAGUCCAAAGUAAAUCUAAACGUACUAUCAUCGAGGAUAAAUGGAAAAAAAUCGAUGAAGAAGAAUAUGGUGAAGAUAAGGUUCUUGAAAUAUUACUGCAAAGGAUGAAAGAAAAGAAGAUUAAUAAAACAACUAAUGACAAAGAUUCUCAGUAA